AUGGAUAUAAGUGAAGAUGUGAACGCGAUUAUAUCGCAGGCUUCAGACUGGAAUUUUGCUGGUGACUGCGCUCUGUUGGAGCUAAUGAAACGCAUCUCCCAAAAUCUGCAUGAGCGGGGCGAGCGAACGACCAACAAUUUAAUCCAAUUUGAAACGAACGUGAGACGUACUGACAUUGCCCUGGACAAUGCAACAAACAGUCUGCGUUCGCUGCAAUUCGGACAGCAAUUCGUGGAGUAUCGCGUGGAGGAGGUGGAAGAUGAUGAUUUUGCGUUGCCUGAGGAGGAGGUGAAGAAGCCUGAGCCUCCGUUGAAGACCUCCAAGGAACUGUCUGAAGAGUUUUUGCAAAAUAAUUUGCAAAUGUUUAGAAAGAACUUUGAGGCAGUCACAAUAGAAGUGUCCGAUUCGGAUGAGGAGGAUGGCGCUGUAAAUGCCACCACUGUGUUCCGCGACAAGAACCCCUAUGAUGCUAUCCCAUUGCCUUUUAUUAUUGGCUCCAAGCAGUGGCAGGAGCACAAGUACGCGGGACUCUAUGAUAGUGCUGAAAAUAGCGAGGACGAGCAGCCAGAGCAGUUCUCUUCCAGCUCCUCGGAUGAGCAGGAAUUAGUGCAGCCACCAAAAGCUGCGCCGAAGCAACAAUGGGACCCAUCACAGCGAUCGCUGCAAUCAGAUUCCUCUUCACUCGCCUCGCUGCCGAAGGAGGCACCAGUUGUCAGGCAGCCAGUGCCAGCAGCUGCGCCUGUAGUCGAGGGAGCUGCUCGCCCUAUAGCUCAGCCUCGACCUAUUAUCAGCAUGCACAGAAAUCCACAUGAGAGCGAUUUAUUUGCAGCGCUGCGUGCCUCGCCUCCUAGCGAUGAUCCGCCCUCCACUUCAUCCUCGCUUAACUCCUCUUCAGCCACUUCUCAUGGAAUUGCUGCAGCUACGAAUCAAUCAAGAGCAAAUGUUUCGCUCAGCUCGAGUAGCAGCAACGUCAGCAGAGUCGUACAAGCAGGGGGCAAACAAAGUCCGCCCAAAUUAUUUGAUGAUGCAAUUCCAACAAUUCCAGCAGCCACGCCUACUGCUACGCCCAUUGCAGCUGCCAGCGAAGUUAAACCCGUUGCAGCUGGCAAUCAAAUUAAGCGAAAACCUGUUAAUCUGUUCAAUGACGAUGAGUUCAAUUCGUUUAUGUCGGAAAUAGUGGACAAGGUGCAAGCUAAGUCAGGCAGCAACUCGACCCAAACUGCGACUGUGGUCAAGCCAAAGGAAGUGCCUGUUCCGCAGGAAGUCAAAUCAAAGCCAAUUGAGACAGCCUCGCGUCGACCAAAUCUCUUUGAGGACAGCCCACCGUUAAGUCCCAAUUUACAACCCGCAACUGUUGUACAGCCCGUUAAGAAGGUGCCCACAUCGCUCUUCGACGACAAUUUGGAUGACGAUGUCGAUGACUUCUUGAGCUCCCUAGCGCCCAAGGCAAAGCCACAGCCGCAAGCGUUCAAGAAGUCUUUAUUCGAUGACGAUGAUGAUUUGGAUAUAGAUGAUAUAUUUGUGAAGAACAAACCUAUAGCGCCGCCAGCUAAUCUAACUGGAAAAACUGCGCUGUUCGAUGAUGUGGAAGAGGAUAACGAGAAAGACAUCUUUGGCAAACCACCAAGAGGCGUUGAGAAGCAGCCUGCGCCUGCGCCAACAGCUGCAGUGCGGACAGCCAAUAGGAAGCCUACAGAGGCAGCUUCAUUAGCAAGUAAAACCUUUUUGUUCGAUGAUGAUCUGGCGGACGAUCAAGUUUCUGGGGCUCCAAAAGCAGUUGAGAGGCAACCAACAAAGACUGAGAGAGGCCAGCCAGCACCUGUUAAGCCGAUUGCCAGGAAGCAGCCUACGAGCAAGGUGUCCUUGUUCGAUGACGAUGAGGAGGAUGAGCAGCUAGUGGAAGACAUUUUUGGCAAGGACUCCAAAGGAAGUGAGAACAAGCCAAAAUUGGUUGAGCCUGCACCUCCAGUCGCUGUGGAGCUGCCUAAACACGGUCUCUUUGAUGAUCAGGAGGAUGAUGAUCUCUUUGCCACGCCCAAGUCAAUAAAGCCCGUAUAUAUUGUAGCGGAAAGGGAAACUAAGCGACUUGCUGAGCAAGCUCCGACAGCAGAUGCAGCUGUCAAGCCUGCGGAGGAGCUGUCAAAGCAGUUGGAGCUGGAGCCACAACAAAUUGCAAAGCAAGCUGAAGAGAAGCAAACAGGCAAAGAUUCGACUGAUAAGGCGCAGCUGCCAAUGCUCAAAUCAGAUCUAUUCAACGAUGAUUUCAGCGACAGGGAAAUAAUAGGAGAUUCAAAAGAGAUUAGAGCAGUGGAAGAGCCACAGAACAAAGCUGCAGAUGAGCUACCUGCUGAGCAGGCAAAGUCGGAGGUGCAGAACAUGGAGAAUCAAGUGGAGCCACCUGCCAAGCCUGAGGUGCACUCUAAGGGUAAUGAAGUGAAGGAGGAAGAGCUUGAGGUGAGGCCUGCUGCCUCCAAAUUUGAACCAGAGUUGGCGCAGUUAUUGGGCAAUGAGAGGGAGACCGUUAUGGAGCGUGGAUUGGCUGAUUGGAAGCCUGAGGAAAGCGUCGUGGCUGAUAGAACAGAGGAGCAGCCAGAGGCAGUUGUUGAGGACCAGCAGGAUCCCAUCAUCAGUCUCGUUGCGGAGCUAGGCCAAGGCAAAGCCAAGCAGGAGGCGCGUGCAGCCGAAGAUGUGGCUGCUGCAAAGCAAAUAAUGCAAAACUACUCCAGUCUUUUCUCGGAUGAGCCGCCCGAUGAUAGCGAGUUCUUUCAGUCUCUGGGCACCAGCAGUCUGCCCAGUUUGGGCGGCUCCAAGAUGUUCGACAGCGAGCACGAACACGACUUCUAUGAGCCCGCUUUGCCCGAUCUGCCAGCAGCUGCUGAGGCCAGCAAGGAUUAUGGUGGCAUGCGUUUGUUUAGCGAUGUGCCACCAGAUGAUGAUGAUGAUGAUCAGGAAGCGGAGCAGGCAGCAGCAGCCGCUGCAGCGGGAAAAGCAUCAGCUCCUGUGCAGGAAGAAUCGUCGACACCGAAGCGGAUUCACACCAUCUUCUAUGAUGACUUUAGUGAAACUGCUCGCGCAGGCGCUGCCGCCUGCCUGGAUGAGAGGCCGCCUGCAAAUGUGGCUAAGCCCAGCUCUCCCGUCAAGAAACUGCAAAUGCCCAACAUAAAUAUCAAUGUGCAUGCGCUGCUGCCUAGCGCCAAGCUGCCCAAAAAGCAGGAUGAGCCAGCUCCAGCUCCAGUUAUUCGCCAAGCUCCACCUCCAGUCAUUAGCCAAGCUCCAAGUCCAGCCUUGAAAGAAACGCCCAAAUCAACCUCAAGCGAGGCGGAGAACAUUUUGCAAUGCGUUGGCAAGACGCGCGUGAGAGGUCCAGCUCAUCGUCGACCCUCGACUCGACGUGCUCGACAGGCCAACUAUGCUCAGAGCUUGCUGGAGUCCCAAUCGGCCGACAGUGUUGCCCCGGCAGCUGUGCCAUCAACUUCUGCCACAACAUCAAGUGCCAGUAUUGCCAGUAAAUCCAUUGGACAGCUGCCUAGCUUCGACAGCGAUGACAACGAGGAGCAGGCUGCGGAUGAUGCCCUGUUUAAGUCCCUUGCAACGGGCGCGCCAGCACAGACUGCUACGAAGAUAGCUCCCAAGGAACCACAGCGCGCGGCGAGUGCCAAGCCAACUCUGUUUGCGGACAGUGAUCCAGAGGAUGAUGAUGAUGCGCUCUUCGGCAAGGCACUCCAAAGAAAAGUAGCAGCUGUCGCUCCAGCAGCUGCUUCAAUUGCUGCCCCUAAAGCUACUCCAGCCGCAGCUCCUGCUGUCCAGAAAGCUGCCUCAAAUGCCUCGCCAGCAGCAGCUCCUGCUGUUACUCAAGGCACAGCUGCUUCAGCUGCUGCUGCAGAAACUGCUUCAGUUGCUGUCUUGAAAGGUGCACCAAAGACCGCCUCAGCAGGAGUUACUGCACUUACUUCUCCAACAGUUUCUACAGUGCCUUCUGUCACUCCAGCAACAGCUGCUUCAGUUCAUCAAGCAGUACCUGCUACAUCUGCUGCUCCUGCAUUUACUAACCCAAAGCCUACACCGAUUGCCUUGGUAUCCACGCUACCGCCAGAGGAUGACGUGAAGAAGCUCCCACCCAAAUCGGCUUUCUUUUUGGACAGCGAUGAGGAUGAGGAUGAUAGUAAUAGUUUUUUCUUUAGUCCAGCAUCAACCGCUCCCCCACGAAGAGCCGCUGCUGGGCCACCCAAAUCCUACGUAUCCUUCCUCGACAACAACGAUGACGAUGAGGAUGCGCUUUUUGCAGCAGCUCUAAGUGAAAAAGCUGCCAAGUCAGCACCAGCUCCAGUUCCUGCUCCUCCUGCUGCUCCAGAGAAGCUCAAAGCGCCAACUAAAACGUUCCUGGAUAGCGAUGAUGAGGAGGAGGAUGAUGCACUCUUUAAGCCAACCAAGGCAAUGGCUCAGCCAAAGUUAAAGGAUGAGCACAAGGACAGUAAAGCGACUCCCCUUGCAUUGGCUAAGGAGCAGAGCAAACCGAAGGCGCUGAAAACGCAACUCUUUGAUGACAGCGAUGAUGAUGAUGAUUUGUUCAGCAGCAAAGCUGCUAACCCUACCAAAUCUCAGCCAGCGGCAGCAAUAAGCCAAGCUACAUUGUUUGCCAGCAGCGAGAAGGGACCGAAGGAGGAGCUGCCCAAGGCCAAGGCAAAGCCAGUCGUCAAACAAAGUAAAAGUCUCUUCAGCGAUGACGAGGAUGACGAUGAUCUGUUUGGCAGUGGAGCAGCUGCUUCAGUUGCACCUGCCGGCGGUGCUAAGCGUGGUGCAAAGCCUGGAGCAUCCAAUGCAAUCAAAAAGCAGACAGCCACGCCCAUACAGGGCAGUUCCACAGAUAUAGCGGAUAAUCCGCUGGCUGAUCUAUUAGGACCUUAAGGAGCUUUAAAUAAAAAUAAAACAUGUUUGAUUCAA